UCAAUAUGGCCGAACCGAGCAAAGCACAGCAGGAUAGAACCAAACCACAAAAUGAACGACGAAUACGAGCCAACGAUAGAGAAUACAACACACAAUUUAAAUACGCUAAUAACUACAUCAAAACGUCCAAAUAUUCGAUAUUAACAUUUCUGCCUUUGAACCUGCUGGAGCAGUUCCAACGUCUUGCCAACUUUUACUUUCUGUGUCUGCUAAUCCUGCAGCUGAUACCAGCGAUCUCGUCGCUGACGCCGGUCACCACCGCGAUACCCCUGAUCGGUGUACUGAUGCUGACCGCCAUCAAGGAUGCCUACGAUGAUUUCCAAAGACACAUGUCCGAUUCGCAAGUUAACAACCGCCGCUCGAAGGCGCUCCGGCACGGCAAGCUGGUGGACGAGCGGUGGUCCGGCGUGCAGGUGGGCGACAUCAUCCGGAUGGACAACGACCAGUUCGUGGCGGCCGACAUACUGCUGCUGUCGUCGAGCGAACCCAACGGCCUGUGCUUCAUCGAGACGGCCGAGCUGGACGGCGAGACGAAUCUCAAGUGCAAACAGUGCCUGCCGGAGACGGCCGCCAUGGGCCAGCAGGAGGACCUGCUGUGGCAGUUCAACGGAGAGAUCGUGUGCGAACCACCGAACAACCUGCUGAACAAGUUCGAGGGCACGCUGACGUGGAAGAACCAGCGCUACCCGCUCGACAACGAAAAGAUACUGCUGCGCGGCUGCAUCAUCCGCAACACGCAGUGGUGCUACGGUGUCGUGAUCUUCGCCGGCAAGGACACCAAGCUGAUGCAGAACUCCGGGAAGACCAAAUUCAAACGGACGACCAUCGAUAGGCUAUUAAAUUUUAUAAUCAUAGGAAUAGUGUUCUUUCUGUUAUCCAUAUGCGGUUUCUGUACGAUUGCGUCCGCAAUAUGGGAAGCGUUUGUAGGAUAUAAAUUUCAAAUCUAUCUGCCAUGGGAAAGGAUAAUCCCGAAGGAUCAUCUGCAGGGUGCAAUCAGUAUCGGGUGUCUAGUCUUUUUUUCCUACGCAAUCGUACUGAACACAGUGGUGCCAAUAUCUUUAUACGUGUCGGUAGAGGUGAUACGUUUCGCGCAAUCCUUCCUCAUCAACUGGGACGAGAAGAUGUACUACGAAAAGACGAAAACCCACGCCAAAGCACGGACAACGACGCUGAACGAGGAGCUCGGCCAAAUACAGUACAUCUUCUCGGACAAAACGGGCACGCUGACGCAGAACAUUAUGACCUUCAACAAAUGCAGCAUCGCCGGCCGUGCCUACGGUGAUGUGGUGGAUGUGCGGACCGGCGAAACGGUCGAACUGUCGGAGGUGAUGGAGUCGGUCGAUUUUUCCUUCAACCCGGAGUACGAACCGGAGUUCCGGUGGUACGAUCAGGCGCUGCUGGACGACGUGCGGGCGGACGAGGAGCAUUCGCAUAAUUUUUUUCGUCUCCUCGCGCUCUGCCACACCGUGAUGGCGGAGGAGAAGAACGGCAAACUAGAUUAUCAAGCACAAAGUCCUGACGAGGCGGCCCUCGUGUCGGCGGCGCGAAACUUUGGAUUUGUUUUUAAAUCGCGAGCACCAAAUAGUAUAACAAUUGAGGUCAUGGGACGAACAGAGGAAUAUGAACUGUUGAGUAUAUUAGAUUUUAAUAAUGUUAGGAAACGAAUGUCGGUCGUACUGCGGCGCAACAACUCCAUCAUCCUGUACUGCAAGGGCGCCGAUAGUGUGAUAUAUGAUAGGCUGGGACCGAACCAGCACGACCUGAAGGCCCGCACGCAGGAGCAUUUGAAUAAAUUCGCCGGCGAAGGUUUACGGACGCUGGUGCUCGCCGAGCGGCGACUGACGAAACAGUUCUACGAGUCCUGGCUCGUGCGACAGAGGGAAGCUGCCUUAUCUUUAGAUGGUAGAGAGGAUAAGUUAGGUGCAAUCUACGAGGAGAUCGAAUGUGAUAUGCAACUGGUCGGUGUGACGGCGAUAGAGGAUAAGCUCCAGGACGGGGUCCCACAAACGAUAGCAAACCUACAGCUCGCCGGCAUCAAGGUGUGGGUCCUUACGGGCGAUAAGCAAGAAACCGCAAUAAAUAUCGGUUAUUCGUGCCAGCUUCUUACUGACGACAUGGUCGAUGUGUUCGUGAUCGAUGGCCUUACGAAGGUGGAGGUGGAGCAGCAGCUGCGCAAGUACAUGGAUUCCCUGCGGAUCGUAAAUACCUACCACCCGACAAAUGUCCACAAGGCUAGCAAUCUGCAUCCGCCAACGACGACGGGUGCGAGUAGCGAAACGAGUGCCGUCACGGCGAACGGUGCGCACAGCAGUAGCUCGGGACCGAUGGUGGACAUACAGAACACCUCGCCCCCCUCGGUUUCGGUGGUGACGUUUAGGUGGGAUAAUAGACAUAAAUAUACAAGUAUAGGAGGAAGCGAGGAGGCACCGGACAGUGUAAAUUGUAGCAACUAUUCCGACGGCUUCGAGAAGGGCGAACCGACGCUGACCGAGCUGGACGAGAACACGGGCGUCGCGCUGGUCAUCAAUGGCCACUCGCUGGUGCACUGUCUCACGUCGGAGCUCGAGAGUAAGUUCCUGGAGAUUGCUUCCCACUGCAAGGCGGUCAUCUGUUGCCGGGUGACACCACUUCAGAAGGCGAUGGUGGUGGAGUUGAUCAAGCGGGCGAAAAAUGCCGUCACGCUUGCCAUCGGUGACGGUGCGAACGACGUUUCGAUGAUCAAAGCCGCACACAUUGGCGUGGGAAUCUCGGGCCAGGAAGGCAUGCAGGCCGUCCUGGCGAGCGACUACUCGAUAGCUCAGUUCAAAUUUCUCGAAAGACUGCUGCUGGUACAUGGCCGCUGGUCCUACUACCGGAUGUGUAAAUUUUUGCGCUACUUUUUCUAUAAAAACUUUGCAUUCACGUUGUGCCAUUUUUGGUAUGCAUUUUUUUGCGGCUUCAGUGCUCAGACCGUUUUCGACCCAAUGUUCAUAUCGGUGUACAAUCUUUUCUACACGUCGCUGCCGGUGCUAGCGUUGGGCAUCUUCGAGCAGGACGUAUCCGACAAGAGUAGUGUCGAUUAUCCGAAGCUGUACACACCGGGUAUUACGAACGCUCUGUUCAACACGACCGAGUUCAUCCGGAGCGUGCUGCACGGUAUCUUCAGCUCCCUGAUACUGUUCCUGAUACCAUACGGCACCUACAAGGACGGCAUCUCCCCAGACGGAUACGUUCUCAACGAUCACAUGCUGCUGGGAUCGGUAGUGGCCACCAUCCUCAUCCUCGACAAUACCGCACAAAUCGCGCUCGACACGUCCUACUGGACCGUCUUCAAUCACAUCAUGAUCUGGGGCAGUCUGCUGUGGUACUUCUUUCUGGACUACUUCUACAACUACGUCAUCGGUGGCCCGUACGUCGGUUCGCUUACGCAGGCCAUGAAGGAGGCCACCUUCUGGUUCACGACGGUGCUGACGGUGAUCGUGUUGAUGAUACCGGUCCUCGCGUCACGCUUCUACUUUGUCGAUGUUUUCCCGAGCCUUCCGGAUAAGAUUCGCGUACAGCAAAGGUUGGCACUGUUACGCUCACGGCAAAGCAGUGACGUCCUGCGGACACCGUCGGCCCGAAAAGCGCGCCGAUCAUUGCGGUCUGGUUACGCCUUUGCGCAUCAGGAAGGAUUCGGUCGGCUCAUUACGUCCGGUAAGAUCAUGCGCAAACUACCGCAGGACUUCGCCUUCCCACUGGGGCUGGGCAGCAAAAAGCAGCAAUCAACCGAAUCGACCAAGAACAAUAACAAUAAUAAUAGCAACAAUAACGCCAACAGCACCACCAUCAACGGGGCCGGUGGUGGUGGUGGUGGUGGCACCUUGACACGAACCGGAACGCAUGUUGUACCAGCAGCGGGCAACGCGGCGGCAGUGAAUGGCGGGAAUCAGGUGGUGAAUCUACCCGGCAGCUCGAACAGCGACCACAGUCCUCGAGCGCCCUGUCAGGAUUUGGACACGAUCAACCUCUAACCCGAUACGAGAGGCUGCUCGACAGUGUACCUGGUAGGAUCAUGAUCAUGCUUUCAUCAUUCACGCGCAGUCCAACCUUCCUGCGAAGGCUAUCAACAUCUCCC